AAUCAAUAGAAGCUAGUUACAUAGUACUUCAUCUGUUCAACAUAUCGAAUAUAUAUUUUGUUCUCAUACUUGGCGAUUACAUAUUAACGCUAUGGCAGGAGUUGGGAUCAGGAAGAUGAUGACACACACAGUACGAAUUAGGUACAUGCAAGCUAGUUUAGGCACAAGAAUAAGGUUAUAUGGGAGCAAGGUAAAGAACAAUAAUCAGACCACAAAACACAAACCGAGGCCGGCGGCUUUAGAUCAUGAUCAGGGCACGUUAGAAUUAAAGGAAGAUCAGCGGAUAUCUUGUUGGGUUCCACAUUAUCGUACUGGGAUUUACUACCCAAGAGGACAUGAAGCAAUACUGGAGGAUAUUUCUGAAGGAGCAGCCUCCUCCUGCUUAGGUGACACUACUUUUUGGAUGAGGAACACUGAUGGAGUCGACAAGCCUGACCCUUAAUUAUAGUAAUUAUUAUUGCGCAUAAAAUUACGAUUAUCUGAUACGUGAUCCAAUACUAAUGGUCACACAUGAAUUUAACAAACUACUCAUUCCUGUUCUUCUUAUAAAAUAUUUAAUUUGUCUUAAAUUUUAUUUAGCACGUUCU